AUGACCGAGGCCGAGACCAGAUAUCCCCAAAUGGAGAAGCUGGCCCUCGCUUUAGUCACUUCGGCCCGAAGACUUAGGCCGUACCUCCAAGCGCACACUGUCGUAGUACUCACAAACUUGCCCCUGAAAAAUAUCUUCCUUAAGCCCGAAACAUCUGGGCGUCUGAUGAAGUGGACAUUGGAAUUGAGCGAGUACGACAUCCAGUUCGAGCCUAGAAUUGCGUUGAAAGGGCAAGCAGUGUCCGAUUUUAUCGCAGAGCUCACUCUACCACCUCAGUUGGCCAAAUCCGACCUCCCGUGGACGAUCUACGUUGAUGGAUCUUCCAACGAGAGGGGGUGCGGGGUAGGAAUCCUCUUGCUCGCACUAGGAGGUGAGCGAUUCGAAUAUGCUCUGCGAUUCAACUUUCGGACGUCGAAUAAUGAGGCCGAGUAUGAAGCACUCCUAGCAGGCCUGCGCGUUGCCAAAGGACUGGGGGCCAAUCACACUAAGGUCUUUAGUGACUCCCAGCUAGUUGUAAAUCAAAUCAAGGAGGAGUACCAAACGAAGGACUCCCGGAUGGAGAAAUAUCUAAGCAAGGUCAGAUCGCACCUCGCUCAAUUCGGGACUUGCGAGGUGAGUCAAGUUCCAAGAUCUGAAAACUCUAAUGCGGAUGUCUUAUCCAAAUUGGCAUCAGCGUAUGAGACUGACCUGGCUAGAUCGAUCCCGAUCGAGACAUUGGACACUCCUUCAAUCUUGGAGCCAGAUGUGAUGGAGGUUGAUACUCCAUCACCCACUUGGAUGGACCCAAUCGUGGAGUUCAUCAAAGGAAGUCCACCGCAAGAUCCGAAGGAGCAAAAGAAGAUGGCUCGAAGAGCAGCUCGGUUCAUACUCCGAGAAGGAAUGUUGUACCGACGUGGCUUCUCCUUGCCUCCGCUCAAGUGUGUGACUCCUGAAGAAGGCCUUUACAUUCUUAGGGAAGUCCAUGAAGGGGUGUGUGGAAACCACUCUGGCGCCAGGUCGUUGUCGGCAAAGGUGGUUCAACAAGGGUACUAUUGGCCCACUGUUGAGCAGGAUGCAAAGCAGUUUGUGAAAGCUUAUGACAACUGCCAGCGUUUCGCAAACAUUAUCCAUCAACCUCCCGAACUGCUCACCCCCAUCUCGGCCCCAUGA